AGUCGCGCGUCGCCUGCGUUUCACAGUCCCUGGUGCCUCUGCUGCGGCCCCUGUCACGCUGUGAUCUGCACUGGCCGUGGACUACAUAGGAAGGACUCAUGGGGACCCAGGAGACUAGAAAUGGCGCGUGCGCGGCCCCGGGACUCAGUGGCCUUUGAGGAUGUGGCUGUGAACUUCACCGCAGAGGAGUGGGCUUUAUUGGAUCCUUCACAGAGGAAACUCUACAGAGAUGUGAUGCAGGAAACUUUCAGGAACCUGGCCUCAAUAGUCUGCAUUUUACAAAAAAAUGGGGAAGAUCAUGACAUUGAUGAUCAGUACAAAAACCGGGGGAGAAAACUAAGAAAUUGUAUGGUAGAGAGACUCUGUGAAGGUGAAGAGGGUAGUCAGUGUGGAGAAAACUUCAGACUUAUUCCAAAUCUUAGUCUGAACAAGAAGACUACUGGAGUGAAACCACAUGAAUGCAGUGCAUGUGGAAAAGUCUUCAAACAUCUUUCAUCCCUUUAUAGGCAUAUCAGAUGUCACACUGGACACAAACCAUAUGCGUAUCAGAAAUAUGGAGAGAAGCCAUAUAAAUGUAAGGAAGGUGGGAAAGUCUUCCGUUAUGUCCAAUUUUUUGAAAAACAUAAAAGAAAUCACAAUACAGAGGAAAACAAUCAAUAUAAGGAAUGUGAGAAGACCUUUAGUUGUUCCACUUCUUUGAGAAGACAUGAAAGAAUUCGCACCAAGGAGAAACCCAAACAAUGUAAACAAUGUGGAAAAGCCUUUAGGUAUCAUCAUGCUUUUCAAAGGCAUAAAAAGACUCACAUAGAAGAGAAAACCUAUGAACGUAAGCAGUGUGGUAAAACUUUCAUUUCUCAUCAAGGUCUCCGAAUACAUGAAGGAGGAAAUCACAAUGGAGAAAAGCCCUAUGCUUGUAAGGAAUGUGGGAAAGCCUUCCGUUAUCGUGCAUCCUUUCACAUACAUGAAAGAAUUCACACUGGAGAAAAAUUCUAUGAAUGCGAGGAAUGUGGGAAAACCUUUAUGUGGUUCAAAAGCUUUCGAAGACACAUGGUAAUGCACAAGGGAGAUGUUCCUUAUAUGUGUGAGGAAUGUGGAAAAGCCUUUAGUUGUUCCACUUCAUUGCGAAGACAUGAAAUAAUUCACACUGGGGAGAAACCCUAUCAAUGUAAACAAUGUGGAAGAAGCUUUAGGUAUCAUCAGACUUUUCGAAGACAUGAAAGUACUCACACAGGACAGAAACCCUAUGAAUGUAAGCAAUGUGGUAAAGGUUUUGUUUCUCACCAAGGUUUCCAAACACAUGAAAGAAAUCACACUGGAGAGAAACCCUACAAAUGUAAACAGUGUAGUAAAGCAUUCAGUUGUCCCUAUUCUCUUCAAAAACAUGAAAGAAUUCACAGUGAAAAGAAACCCUAUGAAUGUCUGGAAUGUGGCGAAGCCUUUAGUUAUUCCACUUCAUUGCAAACACAUAAAAGAACUCACACUGGAGAGAAACCCUAUCAGUGUAAAACAUGCAAUAAAGCAUUCACUUCUUCCAGUUCUUUACGAACACAUGAAAGAACUCACACUGGAGAGAAACCCUAUAAAUGUAAAAAAUGCAGUAAAGCAUUCAGUUGCUCCAGUUCUCUACGAACACAUGAAAGAACCCAUACUGGAGAGAAAACCCAUGAAUGUCAGGAAUGUGGGAAAGGAUUCAUUACUCUCGGUUCAUUGCGAAUACAUCAAAGGAGUCACACUGGAGAAAAACCCUAUGAAUGUAAACAAUGUGGUAAAGCCUUCAGUUAUUACCUUUCCUUAAAAUUACAUGGAAGAAUUCAUACUGGAGAGAAACCCUAUGAGUGCAAGGAAUGUGGGAAAGUCUUCUCCUAUCACCAAACCUUAAAAAUACACUUGAGACUGCACACUGGAGAAAAGCCCUAUGAAUGCAAGGAAUGUGGGAAAGCCUUCUCUUAUCACCAAGCCUUAAAAAUACACCUGAGACUACACAAUGGGCAGAAAUCCUAUCAAUGUAAACAAUGUGGUAAAGCCUACAAAUAUUAUGGUUUCUUACAAAUACAUGAAAAAAGGCAUACUGAAGAGAAACCCUAUGAAUAUCAGGAAUACAGGAAAGCCAUUAUUUCUUGAAGAAAUUUUCCAGGACAUGUAAGGAUGCACACAAGAGAAAAAUGUAAAUGUGAAGAAUGAGAAAGCCUUCUGUCAUCUCAAGUCCUUACGAAGACGUGAAAGUACCCACUUGAUAAAAACCUCUUGCAUGUGAAGCAGCCUGGGGAAUACUUCAAUUGGCCUUCACCCUUAUAUGCAAAAACUCCCACUGAAGAGAAUUGAAGAAACAUGGGAAAUUAAU